CAGUGAUGCGGCAAUUUACCUGAGCCCGUUCACCUUUCAUCCUACUAGUAGCAUGAGCAUCAUAGGCGACCUUUAUGCUGCACAGCUUCAAACUUCAGCGAGUGGCCUGAGGUGGCAGGCGAAGGCGUUCAUUCAACAACUUGAAACCUACUCUCACCACGCGGACCCACAUGAUGCUACCCAACUUGACGCUGAAGGCGAGGAUGCACAAAAAACCACGGAAUGGCCCAAAUGCUAAGAAACUCUCUUCUGAAACCCAAGAGUCGCAGGACGACAAUAUCAUUAACGGGAGCCAACUGCUGGGCGCCACUAUAGCGGCCAUUAACGUUACAAAAGACCUCGUUCCUAUCGAUCUAGCGAAAGUUAUCCUCGGAACUGUUGCUAAUAUCUUGAUUAUUGCACAGUCAGUCAUCAAGAACCAGUCUGAUUUUCAGGCGGUAGUCGACCAGUGCGAGAAUAUCAGGCAAAUACUUGAAAGUGCAGCCAAGGAUGCUACCAGUGACGAUCUGCAAGGAUACUUGGGACAUGCUUUAUCUCAGCUUGACAAAGCAGUAAACCGUAUUUACAGUGAAGUAGCAUCGAAGAAGGAGCAAGGAUUUUUGCAUAGACUCUUAUCUGUCACAAGCGAUCGUGACCGGAUUGUUAGAUGGGAAAAAGACCUAGAUCGUGUCAUCCCCCUGUUCAACGUAGGUUCUGGAACUCCCUAAGGACUUCCGCCGUUGAAUGACGUCUCAAGGCUCAAAUGCUAGUUGGUAUCACGAUUGGAGUGAACAUGCGGACUUCGGGACUCGAGGGCAAUGAAAAUGUGCAAAGGUAAGUUGUCAUUCGUCAUCCACUAUCGCGUCGAACAGCGCCAGCGGAAGAAGUACGCCCCCGGGCUGGUGCCGUCCG